AUUGCAGAUAAAAGGAACCGAAAGAUAUUUUCAUGUAAACACUGUGAGAAGAACUUUACAUCUGAACACAAUUUACAAAGCCAUGAAAUAGUACAUACAGGAGAAAAGCCUUACACUUGUAACGAGUGCAAACAAAAGUUUACACAAAAGGGCCACUUAAUUAUACACCUUCGCACCCACACUGGAAAAAAGCCUUACGCUUGUGAAGAAUGUAAAAAGAAGUUUACACAAAAGGGAGACUUAAUUAAACACGUUCGGACUCAUAUUGGAGAAAAGCCUUACACUUGUGACGAGUGUAAACGGAAGUUUACACUAAAGGGACACUUAAUUAACCACCUUCGCACCCACACUGGAGAAAAGCCUUACGCUUGUGAAGAAUGUAAAAGGAAGUUUACACAAAAGGGAGACUUAAUUAAACACGUUCGGACUCAUACUGGAGAAAAGCCUUACACUUGUGACGAGUGUAAACGGAAGUUUACACUAAAGGAGAACUUAAUUAAACAUCUUCGGACCCAUACUGGAGAAAAGCCUUACAUUUGUGAUGAGUGUGAAGAGAAGUUUUCUGUAAAGGGAAGCUUAAUUAGACAUCUUCGCACCCACACUAAAUGAAAUCUUUACAGUUGUGACGAGUGUAAGCAAAAGUUUAAUUAAAGAAACUUUGCAUCCACUAAGGA